GCACACAUGGCGACGAAUGAAAUGAAUCCUACAAGAUAUCUGGUUCUAGGCCUGGCCUUCUCUUGGUUUGCAGCUCUGGUUGCCCCUUGUCAUGGCUUCGGGAUCCCGCCGGCAUUGGAAUCGUCUCAUGCCUGGUUGCAGUCAAACCUGGUUCCCGUCAGGGACCUCAACUUACUAGCAUCGCGGUCCCGCUUGUCUGCCUUGUCAGCUACUAGGAUGGGCUUAGGUCCGAGGCCCUCACGCAGAAUACUGCCAAUCUUCUCAGCCGCUCGCGGGCGGGUACGGAUCUCAGCCAUAAGCUCUGGGAAAGCAUAUGUCACUGAGCUGCAGAAGAAGGACAUGGAGACGGAGCUGCAGCUGCAGAAGAAGGACAUGGAGAAGGAGCUGCAGAAGAAGGACAUGGAGAAGGAGCAGCAGAAGAAGGACAUGGAGAAGGAGCUGCAGCUGCAGAAGAAGGACAUGGAGACGCAGCUGCAGAAGAAGGACAUGGAGACGCAGCUGCAGCAGCUUGCUAAUUACUACAAGUGUCAACUGUCAUUCCUCACCCAAAGGUGUGCAUCAGGCUUGAUUGAAAUAUGCGGAAUGAUAUUGAUGACGCAGGAAAUUCAAUCUAUGUUGUCGAAGAAGGAUCUCAAUGCGAUGCUGAAAGGAGAUAUUUCUAUGACUGCCGUAAAUCGGCUCUUGAAGGAUGAGGAGCACGCAAGGUUUCGACGGAAAGUGUGGGAAACGAUCGGGGUACCACAGGACCUUGUGAUACCCACGUUUGAUUCAAAAACGAUGUUGUAUGGGCAGCUCUCUGAAGUGAUACACGGGUCAUCGGGAAAGCAUGUGUAUCUACCGUCGAAUGCAGGCGAAUUGGAGAUCAGAUUUUUCGGUGAGGUUUCAAAGCUUUUCGAGAAGGAUGUAGACUAUUUCGACGUCGUGUCGGUAAAUGCGGGAGAGACCCUGGAAGCUGAUUUUCCCCCAAAAAACCAAACGAAUUCGUCCGGAUAUUCAAGGUGAUAACUGGGACGGUUGGGUCUCCUUGUCCCUCGCCGUGGGGGUCUAGGCCCCUCUCCAACCAAGUCGGCCUUGCGCGCCUACCGUACGGUACCGCGGCAGUACUGCAGGAAGAAAGGCAAACAGUGGAAGGACAUGUAGGACGUGACGGCGUUUUGUGUGUUGGAAGUAAAGAGUUAGUUUUGUUGCU